AUGAUGAGCUCCACUAGUAAGGACAUACUUGAACUUGGACGGGUGCUGUGGGGUCUUAACGCGUAUGACUAUUUCCUCACCUUAGCUGACGAGGUACCCUUAGCUGUAUUUUUCAGUCGAUAUACAGGCUUAAAGGCAGUCACAAUGGAAAUGGGUGAAGCUCCUUUACUUUGUCUGUCGAUAUCUUACCUGCUGUUACUUGACAUUGGAGAUGCUCGUGGCAUUUCAACCCAUGAUGUCAAUUCAUAUCUGGGAGGUUUCAUAGUGAACCUGCAAGGUGUCUUUUUGACCCGUGUUUGUGCAAUUUGGGGAUUUAGGAGGCGCAUAGUGGUUCCAUUCCUGAUAAGUGGGCUGAUGUAUGUUAUUGCUGCGAUUGUGGUUCUCUCGAUCAUCUGA